AUGAGGCUGAGAUCAUUACUUGUGUUCUACGCGCUAGGGCCAUACGCUCGAGCCGUCCUCGAACCCGUCGAACCCGUUACCGCUUCACUACUGUCCAUGGUCGCUUCCGACAUUCUGAUGUAUCACUUCUGUCAUCCCUUUCAACCGGUUCAAUUUUACUACUCCACGGAGCGGGGAACCGUGGACGCGGUCCUGCGCUUGCUGCGAGGUCGGUGCGUGGCGAACCUGGGUCCUGUGGCGCACAAAGACCCCCCAAGGACGCGAAAUGUUCUAUUUCUAGCUGACCACGAGGAGCUAUUACGUAUAUUGGGUAAGUUUAGCUACAGGAGGAACGACUAUUCCGGCAGGUAUCUGUUGGUGAUGACUGCUGGCUGCACGAACGUGCAAACCCUGCGCCACAUCUUCAGCGAGCUGUGGAAGCUUAACAUUGUUCACGUGAACGUGUUGGUUGAGUAUCAGAAUACGACCGUUGAGGUCUACACGUACCAGCCGUAUACACCGAAGCAGUGCGGUGCGCCCUCUGUGAAACUUGUGACGCGUUUCGGCGAGGAGUCGCUGCGUGAUGUGGGUCAUGUGGACCUGUAUCCCCACCAUCGGUUGAAAAACUUUCACAACUGCACCCUUCAGGUCGGAUCGUUCGAGGUGAAGCCGUACACUAUUCUCGAACGUAACGUGGACGGGUUCGUAGAAAUCAGUGGCUUUGAGGGUAACCUGUUGCAGCUGCUCGCUCAACGGCUGCAGUUCCGCAUAAACGUGACCGAACCCCUGAAUCGGAUGCAGUGGGGCACCAUGGGACCGAAAGGAAAUAGCACCGGCACGAUGCAGCUUCUGCAGGAUGGUCAGGUUGACUUCAUCAUCGGCUGUAUGGCGUUGGAUGUGACGCGCAAUAUCUACCUGAAGCCUGGUAUCACGCACUACACCUCUCGGAUUGUGUUUGCCGUUCCGCAAGGUCGACCGUAUACGGCAUUCGAGAAGCUAUUCCGACCCUUUAGGAUGGACAUCUGGGUGAUGCUGAGUGUAUACCUCGUGUGCGUGGUUGUGGUCGUCACGGGGUUCAGCUUCACAUCCACGACGGCUCGUGCGUUUGUCUACGGUGACGGUGUGCGAAUGCCACUGAUGCGCGCGUUCUACCUUCUCUUCGGUGGCUCGGUGUUGCCCAUGCCGGUUCGCAAUUUUCCACGCACACUGUUCGUCCUGUGGCUGCUGUUCACCUUCGUCAUCCGUACGCUGUACCAGGGGUCGCUAUAUCUGUACCUGCAGCGCAGCGCAACCUACCCACCGCUGUCAACGAUGGACGAGAUCCACAGAUCGCCACUGGAGUACCACAUGGUGAAUAUAGCGAAGCGCUUCUUCGUCGACAGGCCUGAAGUAAUGCGGCGAGCCCGGUUUAUCCCCCCUGCGCUAGAUUCGCUCGGUCACAUGGUGGCUGGCAUGGCGGACCGCUACCAAGAUCGUGUAGUCCUGUGUCCGUCGGAUAUGGUAGCGUAUAACAACCGCCAUUUGAAGCGGGCGCUAGGUGGGAGGAUGAUACAUGUUACCCGCGACUCGGUUACGCUUUUUCCAGUCACCAUCUAUUACCAGAAGCAGUCGAUGCUCACGAACGUGUUCGACAGUGAGGUGCGUAAGAUAAGCCAGAGCGGCCUGAUGCACUUCUGGGUUCGGAACUACGGAGAUUACGACUUUCACACGAACCCAGCCGACGCAGCCGUUGGACCGAAGAAGCUUACCAACGCGCAUCUGGCAGGUGCCUAUCAAAUAUUCAUCGUGGCGUUGCUUGUGAGUUGCCUAAUGUUGCUCGUAGAACACGUAUCCAUGCGGGUGCACAUUUUUCAAAGUGUGCUUGAGUUUUGCAUCCGCUAG